GAGAACGAGACAGAGAGACAGACAGGCAGACAGAUAGACAGAUAGAGAGGAAAAGAAGAAAAAAAAGAUAGAUUGAACGAGGAGGAUUGAGAGUAACAGAUAGAAGGAGACAAGAGAGAGAUAGAAAGAAGGAAAGGAAGAAAAAUAGAGAUAGAGAUAUAGAUAUAGAGACAGAAGUGGAAGGAGGCAAAGAGACCAACGCGCAGUGGUUAUAAGGUUGUCGAGCUCGAUUGUGCGUGUUCCGAGGCGAUGUCUCUCGAGACUCGUUCGAGCUCGGCUCUAUUUAAAAGAGCCGAACAGCUCAAACGUUGGGAACAAUCUGAAACUAAUCGGGAACCGGCCCAACCGCGUCAGGUAGCAAGAAAGAUCAAAUUUUCCGAUGAUUGUGUCUUUUUGGCGGCAUGUGCGGCAGGCGACAAGGAGGAGGUUGUACGUUUACUCCAAAAAGGGGCGGACAUCAACACCGGAAACGUCGAUGGUCUCACGGCGUUGCACCAGGCAUGUAUCGACGACGACCUGGAUAUGGUAGAAUUUUUGGUAGAACAAGGAGCAGAUAUAAAUCGUGGAGAUAACGAAGGAUGGACUCCUUUACAUGCUACAGCAUCUUGUGGCUUCAUAUCAAUAGCCAAAUACUUGAUAGAACAAGGGUGCAAUUUGGCAGCAGUUAACAAUGAUGGCGAAUUGGCCCUUGAUAUUGCAGAAAAGGUUGAGAUGGAGGAUAUGCUACAGCAACAUAUAAAUAAAGCAGGUAUAGAUUGCGAUCAAGCCAGAAGUGAAGAAGAAAGGUCAAUGUUAAACGAUGCAAGAGCUUGGAGAUCAGGAGCACCAGGCAAAGAUUCAAUGCAUCCUAGAACAGGAGCCACGGCACUUCAUGUUGCUGCUGCUAAAGGCUACAUCAAAGUUAUGAAUAUUCUCCUUCAGGCUCGAUGUGAUGUCAAUAUGCAAGAUUUUGAUGGUUGGACACCCUUACAUGGCGCAGCUCAUUGGGGUCAAUUAGAAGCUUGUAAACUACUUGUGGAUAACUUUUGUGAUAUGGAUAUCAAAAAUUAUGCAGGACAAACUGCUUUUGAUGUUGCUGAUGCGGAUAUUCUAAAAGAUUUAGAAGAAUUAAAACAAAAACAAUCAACUAUAAUGAAAGAUCAUCCACAAAUAAUUAAUAAAAAGCAACCUUCUAUACCAAAGAAACGUAUUUCAACUAGUACUGAUAGUACUGUAACGACGCAAGAGAGUCCCGAAAUUUUAGAAGAGGAAACACCAAAUAAAGUUAAAAAAGUGGAAGUGGAGAUUCAAUCUGAUAAAGAUGAUUCUAGUACUGGAACGAAUAGCGACGUCGAAGCAACAAGAGAAAUAGAUAUGGAAGAGAGUGAUGGCGAAGUUGUUUCUGAAACUAGCUCAGAAUCACGCUCUUCCACCUGCUCCAAUCAGUCUGAUAAGUCUAACCAAUCAAACCAUUCCACAUGUCUUACAGAUGAUGAGAAGAAAAAUAGAGUAAACAAAGAGGAAACUACAACUCACUCUCCACUAUCUCCUAUCGAAAUUAAUAAAGUUCCUAAUCAAGCUCCAGUAUUGCCCCCUAAGCAACAAACUGAUAAUAAUGAAGAAGGAGUUAUUCCAUCCUGGAGGCGUUCCGGUUCUUUCCGAAAUAGGAUACAAAAUGUAGAAGAACUUGAAGAUAAGGACAAAAGUACUAAGUUGCUGAAUUCACCAAAUAAACUCCCGACAGAACCGGAGGUAGUAUUAAGAAGAACACACAGUUUUGAGACAGAUGAAAAGUUCUAUGAGCAGUACUUGGCAUUACACGCUCGUAUCAAGGCAUCUUCCUGCCCUACUCUCCAUCGUUGUAACGCAGUUUCUCCCACUCAUACCAAUGCUACAACACGUUCUGCAUCUCUGCGCGAAACACACAGAAGAAAAGAAAUCAAAUUAAAUUUGGAAUUAUCAAGAACGCCACAGGGAAGCAAUACACUUUCACCAACAUCUGUAUCUAAAACAUCACCACUAAGUGCACUGCCAACUACAACCACUACAACUGCCAACACAAUGACGACGACAAUUGCUACUAGUCCUGUACCUCUGAAUCAGAUACGCAGUGUUCAACCAAUGGAAGCUACAUCUACACUUCUAUCGAGUCCAAACAAUACUGUACCAGUAUCUGGAACUCCCACCACACCUGGAGGGAGCAAGCUAAGUCCAGGAAAUAUCUUCAAGAAUUUCUUCAAAUCUUUUGUCCCACCAGUACGAGAUGAAGAAAGUGAAACACAAAGAAAGGCACAUGCAAAGAGAGUAAGAGAAACUCGACGUUCAACUCAGGGAGUAACAUUAGAUGAAAUCAAGAGUGCUGAACAACUUGUCAAGAAAAAACAACAAAACAACGAAGUGUCUAGUUUAACAACGCCUUCUCCACAGCCUGCAGCUUCUGUCAGCAAUACAGCAUCAAUCACAGCUACAAUAACAACAGCAACUCCUACUACAGUGACUGCGAAUAAACCUUCUGAAGAAUCUAAUUUGCCUGAAAGGCGACCUUCUUGGAGACUCAGGGUAGAUAAUGGAAGCAAGUUUCAGUUAGAGGAUGCAAAUAACAGGUCACCUGACAUUACGUCUACUUAUAUGAGAAGACCAUCUGGUGGAACUGGUAUACCCAGACCAUCAUCGGCACCUGUGGAAACAAUCACACCAAGUCCUGCAGAAACUACUGUUACAUUACCACUUAGACGAUCAUUGAAACCAUCAGAGGACAAAGAACAAGAUAAAGAGAAUGAUAGCAGAAAUGCACAAGCAACACAAGCAGUUAUACAAAGGAGAAGGAGGCCUAAAAGACGUUCUACGGGUGUCGUUCAUGUUGAUAUGGAUGAAAUAGAUCCUGAAAAACAAGACAUAUCUGUUGGUGGUGAUUAUGAGGAUACUAAAGUAAAUCACAGUGAGACUGGAAAUGAUAGACCUGGAAGAUCGAAUAGACUAGGUUCUGUAUCAUCAAUAUCAUCUGAAAUAUCUUCAGCUUCUGCAAGAAUCAAAUCAACGACUUCGGAAAAUGGUGAAAUUGACUAUAAAAAAUUAUACGAGGAAUCUCAAGCGGAAAAUGAAAGACUUAGAGAAAAGCUUAAACGAUCAGAUGAACAAUUAAAAGAAGUUAGAAAUUUAUUAGAUAAGGCACAAAAUUCUCAGAACAAGUCGGUUUUAUCUGAAGCUGAAAAAAGGGAAAGGAGGGCCAUGGAAAGGAAGUUAUCAGAAAUGGAAGAAGAAUUAAAGCAAUUACAAAAGCUCAAAGCUGAAAAUGAGAGAUUGAAAGCCGAAAAUCGGGCACUUACCCGCGUCGUAUCCAAACUCACCAAUACUACUAAAUAGGUAAAGGACAUGACAGCAUUUGCGUUAACCAUACAUCGUACUUCACGUACAAACUUUAAUUAAUUCAUUAAUUACAACUUUAUGUUCUGAUGAUUUGCAACAUUAAAACUCUGAAACGAUAUUGCUCACUCACUUAUAUAUAUAUAUAUAUUUAGCUUUGUGCAAACAUUUACCUUGUUUAGUUUAUUGUCACUAGCACGAUAAUCCUAUUUACGUAGGUUGGAACUUAAAUAGUGGCAUCUAUUUAUUCACAACCGAUACAAAAGAGUUACAUGUUUGCACCUGUUACUGUCCUUCAAAGUAGUCACCACUAUAGCGUUGUGUAGAACCCGUUGCCAGCCAUGUGGAAGGCGUAGUAUACCGUUAGCAGAGUCUGUUGUGUUGAUGAUGCAAAUGGAGCGGUUUACUGCCUGUCGAAUCUCUGGAGCAGUUCUGAAGCGAAUGCCAUGAUGGGUUCCGCAUGAAUUGACAGAAAUGCAGAAAUGGAUGCGUUACGACGCUGCUCAGACGCACUUGGAGCGCUAUGAGCGCGAAGGAGAGGCUUUCUUACGCCGUAUCGUAACACUGGAUGAGACAUGGCAGUAAACCGCUCCAUUCGCACCAUCAACAGAACAGGCUCUGCUAACGCUGGCAACGGGUUCUACACAACGCUGGUGACUACUUUG